AUGACCAGUGCUCACCGCCGCACAGACGUGGGUCCCGGAGUGGGUGUCCUGCGGAGCUCAGCCCUCACCUUCCUCCUGUCCCUCGCCGCCCACUGUUCUGGGCCCCAGGACAAAGGUCUUUGCCCAGGAGGGACGGAUGCCAGCAGGGCCGACCUGUGGGCCAGUGCCAACCGCUCCCAGCUGCAAGGCUUCUGGUGCCAGCCGGCCAGCCAGCUGCCCCGGGACCAGCUCUCAGCCCUGAUCCGGAGGCUGGCCUCAUUACAGGUGCCCCUCCAGGCCUGGCAGCUCAGCUGCCUGGCCAACUUGGCGUCACGCUGUGGCCUCCAGGACGACUUCAUGCUCCACCCACCCAGCCUGCUGCUCUUCUACAACCUGAGCCAGGUGCGAGCAGCCGACUGCAGGGCCUUCAUCCGCCGUGCCGCCCAGGGGGACAUGGAGCUGCUGGGCCAUCUGCCUGACCAGAGGGUCGCCCUGUGGCGUGUGGCCCUUGCCUGCUUGGGGGGGCCCCUCCCUCGGCUCAGAGCCUCUGACCUGCAGCUGCUCGGGGUCCUGGUGUGUGACAUGGACGCAUCCAGCAUCGCCACCACAGACCCCCGUGUGCUGGAGAACCUGCAGCACUGCCCCCAGCUCACUGCCGACCAGCGCACUGCCCUCAACUCCCUGCUGGCUGGCGGGAGGACCCGGCUCGGGCCCCCUGGCUCCUGGACGGUGGAGGAGCUGCAGGCCCUGGGCCCCCUGGCUACUUACAUCAGCCCCCGCCUGUGGGCGCAGGUACAGGAGGCCGUGGGCCUGGGCUUCUUCCACAGCGUGGUGGCUGCUUGCCGGUCGGGGAGGCUCAGCCGGCAUGAGGUCAGGCACUUCGUCUCCAGCUUCCUGGAGUCCAAGGCCAAACCAGUGUCCUCGAGGCGCAGGCUCCCCAGAGGGAGAGCGUGCGUCCGAGGCCGCAUCACAGCCGCAACGCUGCAGGACAACCUCUUCCUGGUGCACUAUGACUGUGCACAGCUUGAGUCCUGCCUGGACAGCCGCGUCCUCACAGCCAACCUGGACCCCCUGCUGCAGCACCCGCUCCCCACCGAGUGCCAGCGUGUGGUCAAGGCCAAGCUCACACAGAUCUACCCUGGAGGCCUCCCGGAGGACCAGCUGCGGCUCAUCAGCUCACUGGUCUACCUGUACUCAGGCGCCGAGAUUGGCCAGUGGAACAUCACCUCCAGGGACACGGUUGUGGCUCUGCUGGCCUCAGACGUGGCCCUGGAGAACCAGACGGAGGCUGUGCUGCAGAAGUUUCUGGAUCACAACGGCACAGUCUCCAGCGCCUUGCUGCUGGCCAUUGGGGGUGCCCGCCUGUGCUGGAUGAGUCCUCAGCAGAUCCAGACCAUCCGUCCCCAGGAGCUCCGGCUGGCCGGAGCCCUGGACGUCUCCUCCUGCCCCCAGAGCCGGAAGGACGCGCUCUACACCAAGGCGCAGGAGGCCUUCGGCAGCAGCAGGACCCCGGCAGCCUACUACCGCCUCAUGCGCCCCUACCUCGGCGGUGCACCCGCGGAAGAGCUGCGGCAGCUGGCCCAGGCCAACAUCUCCAUGGACAUUGACACCUUCACCAGCCUGAACCCUCGUGUGCUGCAGAGCCUGGAUGUUGGCACCGUGAUUGCGCUGCUGGGUCCCAACGUGGGGGACCUGCAGAAGGCACGCAGCCACCCCGCCGUCAGGUCCUGGCUCCGCAGCCUCAGUAGCUCCGCCCUGGGCCAGCUGGGCCUGGACAUGGACCCCACCAGCCCCACCGGCUCAGCCCACACCACCAGCAGGCCCUCCGGCACCACACCCCAGGCGCCCCAUCUGGCCCUCACCUUGGCCCUGCCUGGGAGUGCUGCCCAGGCCUCCACCUCAGGCGGCCUGUGGGCCCCGCUGGGGUACCUGCCCCUGGCAGUGGCCCUGCCCUCCAGCCUCCUGUGGCUGCUGCACUCGGGGGCCUGAGGACCCGCCCUGCACUGCUCCCCAGGCACCUGUACCCUGGGUUCUGUGGACGGUCCUGCCUCGGGGUGGCUGGGUUCACAGGGGUCAGGGGUAGGAAAAACAGGGCUGCUGGGUGCAGCAGGAUGCCCACUUGGGCUGAGGGGGCAGGCUCUGAGCCAGGCCAACUGGAGGUGGCUCACACACACACAUCCACAGGUCCAGACUGCCCA